AUGGAUGUAGAAACGGAAGAAGAGGAGGACGCGGAAAUCGUAGAAGAUGCAGGCGAUGCGGCGGAGGAGGUGGUGGUUGUAACGAUUGAAGAGGACGAGUUGAGUGCAGAGGAGGAAGAGAAGGGGGAGGAAGAGAAGGGGGAGGAAGAGGAGGAGGAGGAAGAGGUUGAUGUGGGAAUGGAAGGGGAUGAGUUGCGCGUAGAGAUCGAGGACGACGCGGUGAGCAUGGAUAUAGCGGAGGAGGAGGUGGAGGAAAGCAUGCACGCAGGCGUGGCUGCAGUAGGCGCGUUCGUUGGCUGGCUUCCCGUGGAGGCGGGCGGAAGAGGCGUCUCCGCCCCGCGCGGGGCCCGCGGCGGAGGGGACGGCGCGGGGGAAAGCGCAGAGGGUUUGCGCGGGGCGGAGGGGCCCCGGACUCCCGACGGGUGGUUUGGGGAAUCGGCGCUGGUAGGCGUGCGGGAUGGGGACCGGGGGGGCGAUAGUGCGGAGGUUGGCCGCGGGGGGAGCGCAAGGGAAGGCGCGGAUGAUAGUUCGGGAAUUAGAGCAGCGGAUGGCGGAGCGGUUGGCGGAAGGGAUGGCGCAGCGGAUGCGGAAGAGGGUCGCGCACGAGGGGAAGGGGAAGGGGAAGGGGAAGGGGGGAAGGGGAGGCGGCGAGCGGGCCGCAAGUCCGUGGGGAGGGGUAGGUUGGGGCAGGGGAGAAGGAGAAUCGGGAAGAGCGCGGGAGAUUCAGCUAGGUCGGGCAUGGGAGAAGGGAGUGGAAGCACGGGCAACGAGCAGGGGCGGUCGGGGGUAGCAGAACCGCAGGCGGGUGGUACGUUCCAGGGGAAGGAGGACGAGAAGCAACACACGGGCGGACGGUCAACGAGGAAGGAAGUGCGAACGAGGGGUCAGGCGCGGUUGGCAGUGGUGAGGCAACUGAGCUUCCGGCGGGCGCUGGUGAAGUGGAGCCCGCCUAGAGGGAGGCGGAGACCUGCUGCUGUGGCCGCUGCUGCUGCCUUGAAAGAAGCUGCAACGCCGAGGAGGAAAGGGAAAGGGAAAGUGAGAGGGAGAGGGGUAGGGAAGGGGGAAGGGAUUGGGAAGGGGAAUGGGAGGGGAACGGGUAAGGGGGCAGCGGAAGGGACAGGAACAGGGACAGCGAAAGGACAAGGGACCGGGAAAGAUACAGGAACUGGGAGGGGAACGGGGAAAGGUAGUGGGAAAGGGAGUGGGGAAGGAAGUGGGGAAGGGAGUGGGGAAGGGAAUGGGGAAGGGAGUGGGGAAGGGAAUGGAAGCAAGGGGGUAGUGUUAGGGCCUGCUGUAGCAGCAGGUAAGAGGGGACGCAAGGGUAAGGGAGAGAGAGGGCAAGUAGUGGUUGCAGCAGCAGCGUCAGAUGCAGCGAUAGUGCGAGAUGCAGGAGCAGCUUUAGGAGCAGCAUCAGGUGCAGAGUCAGGUGCAACGUCAGGUGCAACGUCAGGAGCAGCGGCCGUAAGACGAGCAGCAGGAGGAGGUAAGCCCGGGGGGGGUAGUGCUGCUGGCUCGUCUGGAAGGGCUUCGUUAAGAGUUAGAACGGAUGCGUUGGAUAAAGGGAGGGCUGCUGCGACAGGUGGGGCAGCAGCGAAAUUGAGGAAGGAGAGGAAGGAGAGUGCGAUGAGGGGGGAGAGGGCGGAGAGGAGGAGCAAGGCCAAGGCUCGAGAUGUCUUGUGGGUGAAACGGCAGAGCUUAGAACGAGGGGCUAAGGCGGGUGCGAACACAGGGGCGAAAGCAGGGGCGAAAUCAGGGGCAAAAGCAGGGGCGAGAGGACGACCUGCGAAGGGGGGGAAAGCGAAGGCGAAGGAGGGAGACGUGGGGGAAGGGGCUACGACAGACGGGAGGGGGGCGAAAGGGGGGAAGGGGGAGCUGGGGAGGAGAGUGACGGGUGAGGCAAAAGGCAAGGGGGCUGUGGGAGGGAACGGUGGUGACGUGGUAGCUUUGAAGAGUGUAAAGGGCAGGAGAAUCGCCUGUGAGGAGGAGGGUGAGGGGGCUGAGGGAGGGAGCGAUAGUGAUGAGAUGGGGGAUUGUGAGGCGGAGUGUGGGAGUGAGGACGCAUGCGGGAAUGAGAUAGAGUAUGGUGUGGAAGAGUCGUGGGGGGUUGAGGUGGAGUGUGGUGGAGCGGAGGAGGCAUGUGGUGUGGUGGAAGAGACGCGGGGGAAUGAGGCGGGGUGUGAGAGGGAGGAGAGAGGGGACCAGACAUGCGGCAUGACUGUGAUUCCUGAGUUUAUGAAGGCGCGUUUGAGGAAGGGGCAGAGGGGAGGGGUGAGGGACGGAGGGAAGAGGAAGGAAGGGGCUGGUCAGCCAAAUGGGGUGACUCCUGAGUUUAUGAAGGCGCGUUUGAGGAAGGGGAAAAGAGGAGGGGUGAGGGGCGGAGGGCAGAGGAAGGAAGGGGUUGGCCAGCCGAGUGGGGUGACCUCUGAGUUUAUGAAAACGCGUUUGAGGAAGGGGCAGAGGGGAGGGGUAAGGAACAGAGGGCAGAGGAAGGAAGGGGUUGGCCAGCCGAGUGGGGUGACUGCUGGGGUUAUGAAGACGCCUUUACAGAAGGGGCGCAGAGGAGGGGUGAGGGGCGGAGGGCGCAGGGAGGAAGAGGCUGAUCCGUCUGGGAGUGCGAGUCCUGAUGUGGUGGAGGUGCCUGUGGUAGAGGUGCCUGUGGUAGAGCAUGGGGGGCCUAUGGUGGGGCAUGGGGUGGAGGUAGAGGUAGAGCAUGGUAGGCCGUGUGGUGGGGCUUUUUCUGAGGCCCCUCAGAAGGGAAGGCUUAAGCCGUGUAGUGGGAGUGUGCAGGAAGGAAGGAAGCGGAAGCGGGCAGAGGCGAGGGUGGGAGAACCGGAGGGCACGGAUGGGGGACUUGCAGCCGAGGAGGAAGAAGCAUGUGGAGGCGUUGGUGCAUGGGAUGAGUCUCCGUCGAAUAGCUCUCCACUUGGGAAUGCAGGACAUGCAGGGACUGCAGUGGGAAUAGUGGGAGCAGUGAGGGUGGGGGAAGCGGAGGGUGCGGACAGGGGGCUUGCAGCUGGGGAGGAAGAAGCAUGUGGACGCGUGGGUGCACGGGAUGCAUCUCCUUCGAAUGCUGCCCCGCAUGGGGCCGCAGGGGCGUCAGUCACUGCAGGGAGAGCAGUGGGAGCAGAGGAAGCAGUGAGGGGGAAAGUGGGAGCAGUGGGUGUAGUGAGGGCAGUGAGUGCACUAAGGGCAGUGAGAGAAGUGAGUGCAGGGACUGGACCUGCAGCAGCAACAACUGCUGCUGCAUUUGGCAGUCCCAUUGAUGUAGUUUCGCCUGAUAAUGUCACACGGUCUGCCAAUGCUGCCACUGCUGCCAAUGCUGCCAAUGCUGCCAAUGCUGCCAAUGCUGCCAAUGCUGCCACUGCUGCCAACGCGACCAAUGCUGCUCCCGACUCGCCACUACCCGCAACACCUCACCCUGCUUCCUCAUGUCUCCAACGCUCCACUGCUGCUGGUGCUACCACUGCUGCCAACGCUACCAACGCUACCAACACGGCCAAUGCACCAUCCCCCAGCGUGCCAGCUCGUUCCGACUCGCCACUACCUGCCACACCUCCCCAUGCCUCCUCGCGUCACCAACACUCCACUGCUGCUGGUGCUGCCACUGCUGCCAAUUCUACCAACGCUACCAACGCGGCCAAUGCACCAUCCCCCAGCGUGUCAGCUCACCCCACACCGAUGGCUCUCGCAUUGUCAAUGUGGAGUACUCCCGGAGUGGUCGACCGCUCUUCCCUCCCCUGGCCUACUGGUUGCAUGAGAGAAUCUUCAGCCCUGUGGGUGCUUUGGUCGCAGGAUGUGGAGCGACCUUCUAUACUGCUGGGACUGCAGCCAAUCACACGUGCAGAGGAACUGAAGAUUCUCAAGAAGGCCUUGUUUGGGGGGCUAACGGCCGGUGAGGAAGAGCAGGAGAGAAGGGAGGAGCAGGGGGAAGGGGAAGAGCAGGAGGGAGGAGACGGGAAUGGCGCAGAGAGGGAUGGAGCAAGGGAGGUGGGUGAGAAGCGGAAGAGCAAGCGGAGGCGGAAAGGGCAACAAGUUGUUGUUGUUGAGGCGGGGGGUGUGGGUGCUACGGCUGGAGAGGCACAUGGAGGGAGAGCAGUGGCUACUGAGUCCGCCCGGAAGUCGCCUAGGGGGAGGGGGAGGAAGGGUUGCGGGCAAAAAGGGGUUGAGGCGGAGGAUCUGGGUGCUGCGGCUGGGAUGGCAGGGGCGGGGAGAGCAGUGGCUUCUGAAUCGGCCCGGAUGUCGCCUCGGGGGAGGGGGAGGAGUGCUCAAGGGAGGGUUGAGGCGGAGGGUGUGGCUGCUUCGGCUGGAGAGGCACAUGGGGGAAGAGCAGUGGCUACUGAAUUCGCUCGGAAUUCGCCUAGAGGGAGAGGGAAGAGUGCUCAAGGGAGUGUUGCGUCAGAAUGUGUGGCUGCUUUGGAUGGAAAUACAGUGGCGGGAGGAAGAACAGUUCCUGGUAGAGCUGCCAAGACUGCUGCUCUGGCUCGGAUGUGCCAAGCCUCGAGGUUCGGGCAGAAUGGAAGAGUGGGUGUGGGUGGGGAGAAGGGGAGAGAGGGGGCGGCUGGUGUGGGGGAGGUGGGGAGGGUUGGAGAGGGGGGUGACGGACUGGGUGGGAGUGGGGGAGGGGCGAGAGAGCAAGAGGGCAGGACAAGCGAGGGAAAAGAGAGUGGGAAAGCGAGUGGGAAAGCGAGUGGGAAAGCGAAUCAACUCAAGAGGAAAAGAGAGGAGGUGCCGGAGAUGGUAAGGAGGAGUGUCAGAGUGACCAGAUCGAUGGCUAGGAUUGCUCGAGGGGAUAGUGGGGAAGUGGGGGAAGGGGGGGGGAAGGGGAAGGGUCUGGGGAAGGGGAAGGGGGAAGGGAAGGGGGAAGGGAAGGGGAAGGGGGAAAGGAAGGGGAAGAAGGUGGGGAAGGGGAAGGAUGAUUUGCCCCCCCCGCCCUCCCCUCCUCCCUCUGUCAACAUUACCGAAUCUACUUGCAAUCGCCCCUCUGCUUCAACCUCUGCCUCUGCUUCUGCCACUGCCGCUGCCGCUGCUGGUAACCCUAUGGCUUCACCGUCACACGCCGCUAGAAACCGGGCCAAUCAGAACCACCGCGGUCCAAACCACCCCUCUCAAGACGAACCCCCUGAAAGCCCCGCCUCUGCUCCUGCUUUCGCGUCUGCCCCCGCUCCUGCUCUGGAUCACAUGGGGUGGACGGCGGGUCAAGUGAGAGCAUUCCACGAGGCCAUGAGCGCUGUGAAUCCGCAUGCAGAUGGCUUCUGGGGGCGGGUGGCCCUGUGGGUGCCUGGAAAGACGGCGACUGAGUGUUUUAACCGGCAUCAUGAGCAGUUUCCCACGCCGCCGAGACGGAGGGAGAGGCAGAGGCGGUUGAUUGGAGGGGGUGGGAGGGGGGAGCAGGAGGGGCAGCAGGAGGAGCAAGGGCAGGUGCAACAGCAGCGAGGGGUGCCGGUUGGGGAGUCAUCCCAUGCUGACUUUGUUGCUGCUUGUGUAGGGAUUGGGCCUCGGGGAGAUGUGGAUGGUGCCGGGGAUGGCGGGGAGGGGUUGGAAGGGGUGGAGAUGGGUGAGAUUCAGAUUUGUAGGGGGGAGAGCCGCAGAGCGGCGAGGAAUAGAGGAAGAGAAGUGGAAGAUUGUGCUGAGGCAGGGGUGAUUGUGGUUGGGGGAAAUGGGAAGGCAGUUGUGGGAAAGGGAAAAGCAGCCGUGGGGGCAGGCGGUGCUGGCAGCGCAGCGGUGCUAGCAGCGCAGUCUCUCCACGGGGAUGACUUCUCACAGCAUGACGAGCAGAUCAGCACCGCGGUGCUAGCAGCGCAGUGCCAGCACAAGGACGAUAUCGUGCAGCAUGACGAGCAGAUCAGCGCCAUGUCUGCUGUCGCCCCCCUCUCUGCUGCUUCACCCCCCUUCCCCCCCUUCUCUCCCCGCACAGGCGUACUGGCAGCGCAGUCACUACACAAGGAGGAUUUCUCGCAGCAUGACGAGCAGAUGGGCGCCGGGUCUGCUGUUGACCCAUCUCUGCUGCCCCCCCCGCCCUUCCUCUUCCGACAGGCAGUACUUUCAGCGCAGUCACUCCACAAGGAUGACUUCUCGCAGCAUGAUGAGCAGAUUAGCGCUGUGGCUUCUGUCGCUCCCCACCUUGCCUUGCCCUGCUCACUGCUUGCCCCCUCUCCUUCCCCUCUCCCCUCACAGGCGGUGCUAGCAGCGCAGUCACGCCACAAGCACGACUUCUCGCAGCAUGAUGAGGAGAUCAGCACCUCCCCGUCGUACCCUCACUCACUUCUGCUAGUCCCCACCAUCCCAUUCCCCCCUCUCCCAUCCCAGGCGGUGCUAGCAGCGCAGUGCCAGCACAAGGACGAUUUCACACAGCAUGAUGAGGAAAUCAGCGCCAUGUCUGCUGUCGCUCCCCGCCUUGCCCUCGCCAUGGCCUCUGCUGCUCGCGCGAGGCUGCACAACCCUGCAGCAGUUGCAGGUGCUGCUGCCAUUUCCCCCGCUCCUGCUGCUGCUGGCGCCUCUGCUGCUGCUGCUGCUGCUUCUAGCGCUGCUGCUUCGGGGAACGCGGAACGAGGUUCAGCAGGGGAGAGUCCGGAGGGUUUAAAACAAAAGUACACCACGUAUGUGGAUCGCAUCAUUCGGGAGAGGCAGAGCAGCAGCCUGCCACGGCCGCACGCAGCAGGUGAUUAG